CGAUAUGGGCCGGACAAAAAGUAACCAUGAGUUGUGUUUGAUUUGCCGGCAAUUCUUGAAAUGCCGGCAAAAAGUAACCACGAGUUGUGUUUGAUUUGCCGGCAUUUCCAGAAAUGCCGGCAAAUAGUAACCACGAGUUGUGUUUGAUUUGCCGGCAAUUCUUAGAUGCCGGCAAAUCUUAAAUGUGGGCAAAUCUUACUUAUUGUUCAAUUAAAAUACCUUAUUAUAUUGAGGUCACAAAAGUCAAGUUAUCUUAAUUGGUCGAAAGGGUUGAAAAAAACCAGAGUACUGAUGAGAAGAAGAAAGGGGGGAAUUGGCAAAUGCGCGCCGACAUUGUUGAGGGCCCUCCGAUACCAAGGCAUUGACUUUUCAUGCACACAGAAAAUGGCUAACAUGACUCAUCAUAUUUUAAUCAAAGAUUAUGAAAAACCAGACAUUGAACUUCUUUUUCCUUUGUCAAAUGAAGAUGAGGAGCAAUUUACUCUUGUCGAUUUGCAGAGUGCUUUCCCAAAGGCAACAUCUUUGCGGUAUAAAGAUGCUAGUGACCUUCAAUUACACCAUGUUCUUUGUCGAGAAGGUACUUUUUGUGUGCCGGAAGGAGGAUGGAUCAAAGAUGGGAGGGAAUAUUUUGCUGUAAACCUUGAGGAAAAUCCGUCCAGUCAUUCAAGAGUUGAAAGAUUCAACGAAUAUAGACAAGCUGUUGCAAGAAAUAGAGGACAUUUUUCCAACACAAGAAGGCUUCAUUUUUCAAGAUCGCUGUCUAGACGUGAUGAUGGACGUCGCAAUAUGAAGGUUUAUCUCAACGUUGGUAUUGGUACUUUUUCUCGAGGAAAGUUUUGUAAAACUGCCGUUAAUAAUUCUCGACCUGGUGGACUAGUUUCCGUGGGUCCAUUUCAUAUCGAGGAAUCCACGACUGAUGACAUAAAAGAAGCAGCCUUUACAAAAUUCAAAAUUCAAAAUGUAAACUUUCGAAAACUGUAUAAGAAAUCUAGCGAUUUCGUACUUGUAUAUCCAGAUGGAAGGCUUGCUACGACUCUUCCGGAUAGUUCUGAGAAAUUCAGCAUUGAUGGGUACAGGAACUUCCUUGAUCCCAAAAUGAAAUACGAUCGCUUAAGAUUGUAUCUAUGCACUAGAGACGAUUAUCAACAAAACACAUCAGAAAUAGAAAUCCUGACGUCUGCAUCAAGUGAUGACAGCCUCCCUGAUAUAGAUCUGGGAUCUACUAGUUCCAGCAGUAUCACGACCAAAGACGAGUCAAACAUGUCAAAAGGGAUUGAAGUCAGAUUUGAAUGGAACGUUCACAUAAUCAGACACUUCUUUCCGUUUGAAUCUCGUGUCCAGAACUUGAUUGAUUAUCUACAUGAAUCACCACUUAGGGAGGGGAACAAAAUGCUGACCCUCAUAAACGCCGACAAAUUCCUUAACCCUGAUGACAGACUUCAACCUCUGUUAUCAGGGAACAGCAACAUCAUUGAAAUCGCCGUGGAGGAACUGGAAAUAGGAGGCAAUUCGAACGACAACAAUGACGAACAAUUGGAACUGACAAUAGAUGGAGACAUUGAAUCCAAAAAAUCAGAUGAGAAUGCAGAUAAAUUGGUUAAAAUGGCCUUGGGAAAAUUGGGUGAUACAACGGAACCUGUGGCGGUACUUAAUCAAUUCACAAGAGUGUUUCUUGCUGGACGUCCUUUAGACGUCCAGCGAGAAGAUGAGACGAUAGAGGGGGACACCUCCCCAAUAUAUGUGUCUAGGGAGUCUUGUCUCCGAGAUUCGAUUGAGGAGUUAUGCCACCAAAAUAAUUUGAGGUUCCCAUUGGAGGUAACCUUCCUUGGAGAACUGGCCCAGGAUCUCGGAGGUCCAAGGCGAGAGUUCUUUGAAAAGGCCUUAAUAGAGAUGAAAGAAGAGCUCUUCUAUACCACCCCGAAUUCAGAGAUUCGUUUGGUAGAAAACAUUGAGUUCCUGGCGACCAAAAUGUAUUUCUAUUCUGGAUUGCUAAUUGGACUCAGUGUUUUGGAGGGAGGUCCCUGUCCUGAGUUUCUAGACCAGGCACUGAACCACUCAGAAAACUCUGAAUAUUGGGAUCAAUUUCGCAGGGGACUUAACAGAGUGGGUCUUUUAACUCUGCUGGAAAAAAAACCGUCACUGAAGUUUAUCUUCAGACCUUCGCCGUCCAAAACGGUCACAGUGAACAAGCUGCUAAAUUUAUUGACCUGCAAGUUUUCUGUUGUUGGAUCAAAUCUUCGUAGAGAGGAGGAGAAAACCUACAAGAAAUUUGUAAAGUACUGCCGUGAGGUGUUUGCGGGCAGAAGACCCCCAAUCAACCUAGGGAAUAUUCUCUCCUUUUGUACGGGUAGCUCCACGGAGCCCAUACUGGGAUUCACAAUCCCACCUUCUAUGGAGUUUACAACAGCGGAUUUUGCUACCGCGUCAACUUGCAUUAACAAGCUUAACCUUCCUUUAAUCGGAAAUAAAGAGGAAGAAGACUAUUUCAGCAAUUUUGACUUGGCAUUUGCCAACUCAUUCUUUGGGUUGGAGUAAUAGUAUAGUUACUGAAAUAGUUUUCUUCCUCUAUAAGACCAACUUUUAUUUGGUUUGUUAGGUUUUUUUUUUUGUUUUUUUGGGGGGGUUUUAUUACGGGAAUUUUUUUUCAAAAAGUUUUUUUAGAAAACAUUUCAAUUUUAUCAAAUCUACUGUAAUUGCUAAUGACAAAUUACAAACAAAAACAUUGAUGCCUGGGUUGAUAUGUUUUGAUAGAUUUUCAUCGUAAAUUGUUUCAUAAACAAAUUUCUAAAAUCUUAGGAAAUUGUAGAUCUUCUGUGAUGUUUGAAAUUUAGCGUUUCUACAAUUUUCUAUAUUAAUUUAUAUAUCAAUUUAACACUUUUUUCGGUAUUUUUGUGAAAUUUUGAAUGAAAAUUUGAAUUUUUUUGCCUUUAACAUAAUUCAUUUUAUUAAUAUAGGCAUGAAAUAAGUUGUCAAUCUCAUGAUUUGUUUAAAAAAAAGUUUGAUUCAUCUGUCCUUAAAAGCAUGUAUGGGUUGACUAUUGUCAAAUACACCGAGACUGAUUGUUCUUAUUCAAUUGUAGACUCUUCUUUAACACAGAGCAAGGAAGUGUGACAAAAAUUUAUUGUUCUGAUAGCACUUGAUCAAAAAUAUGAUUUUUGUAGAUUGAAUAUUAACUAAUUUCAACAUUUUUUGAAAGUUAGUAAAAUAAUUAAUAAAGGUGGUAUUACACUUAAAUGACCUUUAACCCCUUUGCUCUCUAUUUCUUUGCUUAUUAAAAGGAUGUACAUUUGCUUCUUUAUUGCGCUAGGUGCUUUUUGUUUUGUAACACGAUUCUUAUACUUAGUCGGUCAGACUCUGUAAAAUGUAUAUACACGUUGAACUGUACUGUGAAUGCGGGUUUUUUUGCAUUAGAGUUUAUGGCAUCGCUCUUUGUUUAAGGUGGUACAUAGGUGACACCGGACGAUAUUUAUGUGGAUAAAAGUACAUACUUAUCAAAAUACAUUCAUUGCUUUUAAAAUAUCAAAAUUUGCAUUAUUUGGCGAUAAAAUACACAGUUUAACUGUUUAGAAAUGUGAAUAUUACUAAAGUUUCCAGCAGGAUUAGAACUCCCGACAUACAUUUCCGUAGCUAACGCUCUAUCUAAUUGUGCUACGCUGUAAGAGAGAAAUAUACUAGUAUUGCAACGAAAAUAUUUAAAAUUAAUCACAAUUUUAUUGUUUAUUUCGUUUGAAAGUACGUCACAAUAUGGGAGUAUUAAAUACCACCUUAAGCGGAGUAUUCUACUUGAUGACAGCAAUUUCUAUGUGAUGCAGAGUAUAACUUUUAGUGAUAAACAUAAUUAUGUACUUGUUCAUGUAUAUUUUUACAGUGUAUUUUUGUAUCUAUAAUAGUUAAAAACAUCUCCAACAUUAGAUUUUAAGUACUUUAUUAAGUAAAUCUCAUUUGAUAUACACCUCCUAUACCUUAUAUGCAUAAGCAUUGGCACUUUGGUACCUUAAGAAUGUGAGUUACUGUACUGACAUAAACCAACAAAUGUACAUGGUUUUCCUACGCAUAU